CAACACCAUGCUUAGAACUAUUUCAAUUCUGGCUCUGCUAGUUUUUAGUAUAGCCACUAUGGCAGACGCGAAGCCGAUUUUCAUCAAAGUUUUUGCACCCAAUAGUGGCUACUCCACUGGCAGUACACCGACGGUCUCACCGAUCAACACCCAGCUGAUUUCCAGUCUCAUCUCCACCAAGAUUCAGCUGUUAAACAGCGUGCUGCAGGCUAAGUCCUCGGGCGGUGGCUUUGGGUUCGGUUUCAGUAAGUUCGUCGCCUUCUCCAGCACCACAAGCACGACGGAGAGACCGGUAACACACUCCACCACUGAGGUAAACACAGACUAUUAUCCGGAUGAAAGCUCCACAAGUUCUACUCAAACCAUCUACUCGACAACCAUAGAAAGUGCUGUCGAAACGCCGAAGCCCACAGUACAUCCCGAACCGCCAUUCUUAACAAGCACGACGCCUGUGAUCCCGGUCGAGAGCACCACAGGGAUUCCGGAGAUCCCCAGUACGACAAGAGCAACCGCUGGUUAUACCUAUCAGACUCCCUUGUCCAGCACUGCAACUAACUCACUGAAUUCAUUUUACCUGCCCGCCUCUCUUGCCUCAGCUUAA